CCGACCUGUCUCGUCUGUCGCCCACUACGUUCUGUUCAGCCCACCGUCUUCGUCUCCACUCCAUCCCCCACACGUACGGAAACAAACAAGCCUCUCUCUCCUUCACUUGCAGCUGCUUGCUGUCCGUUAGCCGUCCGUGUCCAUGGCAGUGUCCGCCGGCGGAGGCGCUCCUUUAACGCUGUCUCCUGCCCCGGCUCGCUUCUUCCUUUCGUGAAAGCUUUAUUCCCCCGGGGGCCAUGGAAUCUGAAACCUUUCCUCUGUCUCGUGCCCUGGGCUCUAUCGUAGAUUGUCCUUGCUUUGUCUCGUCUCUAUCUGAUCCUCUUGCGAGCUCGGCAAUGUCUCUGCUCCAUGAGCUGGACGCGUGCGGAUACGUGUACACCCUGUAAGAAGAUCCUUGUUUGAUCGGGCGCGCGCCAUGUCGGAGUCCAGCAGGGCGUUCCAGCUCGAUGCGCCGUCGUCGUCGGCCGCCGGCGCCGGCGCCGGCGCCGGCGCCGGCCCCGCCCGCGGCUGGAAGGCUGGCCCGAGCGGCGGCAGCGUGCCGUUCUACAGGCUGUUCGCGUUCGCGGACGGCGCCGACGCGGCGCUCAUGUCCCUGGGCGCGCUCGGCGCCGUCGCCAACGGCGCGGCCCUGCCGCUCAUGACCGUCCUCUUCGGCCGCCUCAUAGACGCCUUCGGCGGCGCCGCCACCACCCGCGACGUCGUGGGCCGCGUCUCCGGGGUCUCGCUCGACUUCGUCUACCUCGCCGUCGCCUCCGCCGCCGCCUCGUUCCUGCAGGUGGCUUGCUGGAUGAUCACCGGCGAGCGCCAGGCGGCGCGGAUACGGAACCUGUACCUCAGGACCAUCCUGCGCCAGGAGAUCGCCUUCUUCGACCAGCACACCAACACCGGCGAGGUCGUGGGCCGGAUGUCCGGCGACACGGUGCUCAUCCAGGACGCCAUGGGCGAGAAGGUCGGCAAGUUCAUCCAGCUGCUCGUCACCUUCGUCGGUGGCUUCGCCGUGGCCUUCGCGCAGGGCUGGCUCCUCACGCUCGUCAUGCUCGCCACCAUCCCGCCGCUGGUGCUCGCCGGCGCCGUCAUGUCCAACGUCGUCGCCAGGAUGGCCUCCCUCGGCCAGGCCGCCUACGCGGAGGCCGCCGUCGUUGUCGAGCAGACCAUCGGCUCCAUCAGAACAGUCGCGUCCUUCACUGGCGAGAAGCGAGCGGUGGAUAAGUACAGCAAGUCGCUCAAGAGAGCGUACAGCUCUGGCGUCAGGGAAGGUCUCGCCGCCGGCGUCGGCAUGGGCGUCGUCAUGGUGCUCCUCUUCUGCGGCUACUCCCUGGGGAUUUGGUACGGCGCCAAGCUCAUCCUGGAGAAGGGCUACACCGGCGCCCAAGUCAUGAAUGUCAUCUUUGCAGUGCUCACUGGCUCACUAGCUCUGGGUCAGGCAUCACCGAGCAUGAAAGCAUUUGCGGCUGGGCAGGCUGCGGCGUACAAGAUGCUUGAAACAAUCAACAGGGAGCCAGAGAUCGAUGCGUACAGCACAAGAGGUAGGAAGCUGGACGACAUUCAGGGGGGCAUUGAGUUCAGGGAAGUUUAUUUUUCAUACCCAACAAGGCCUGACGAGCAGAUCUUCAGAGGUUUCUCUCUUGCCAUACAGAGUGGCACAACUGUUGCGCUCGUUGGCCAGAGCGGAAGUGGCAAAUCGACAGUCAUCAGCUUGAUCGAGCGGUUCUAUGACCCUCAGCUUGGUGAAGUUCUGAUAGAUGGUGUGGACCUCAAGGAGUUUCAGUUGAGGUGGAUCAGAAGUAAAAUUGGUCUUGUGAGUCAAGAGCCAGUCCUGUUUGAUGCUAGCAUAAGAGACAACAUAGCUUAUGGCAAGGAUGAUGCAACAGAUGAGGAAAUCAGAGCUGCAGCUGAGCUUGCUAAUGCCUCCAAAUUCAUAGAUAAAAUGCCCCAGGGUUUAUCUACUUCAGUUGGUGAACAUGGAACACAACUUUCUGGUGGUCAGAAGCAAAGAAUCGCCAUUGCGAGAGCAAUUCUCAAAAAUCCAAGAAUCCUGCUAUUGGAUGAAGCAACAAGCGCUUUGGACACUGAAUCUGAAAGGAUUGUGCAAGAGGCUCUUGACAGGGUUAUGGCAAACCGGACAACUGUAAUAGUUGCACACCGUUUGAGUACUGUCAGGAAUGCUGAUACCAUCGCCGUCAUUCAUCGAGGAUCAGUAGUUGAAAAAGGUUCACACCAUGAGCUUGUAAGGGAUCCAGAGGGAGCUUACAGACAGUUGAUACGCCUACAGGAAGCAAGUCAUGGUUCUGAGGGCGCAAACUACCAGAAUAAGUCAAUCAGGAAUGGUGAUUCCGAGAUUUGUGCAGGCAAACAGACGCCAACAAAUCAGUCAGCUACCAUAAGGUCACCUCAGAACAACAGCAGAAAUCACUCGUUAUCAGUAUCAUUCAGCGUACCUCUUGAAAUCGACGUCCAGGACCGAUCAUCAAAGAAUGCAGAUGAAGAAAUUGAGCAGGAAGUGCCCCUUAGCCGCCUCGCAUCACUUAACAAACCGGAAAUCCCAGUGCUUAUUCUUGGUUCUAUUGCUUCGGCUGUCAGUGGAGUGAUCUUCCCGAUAUUUGCCAUACUCCUAUCAAAUGUGAUCAAAGCAUUCUAUGAGCCGCCGCGUGUUCUGAGGAAGGAUGCCGAGUUUUGGUCAUCUAUGUUCUUGGUAUUCGGUGCAGUGUACUUCUUGUCACUUCCUCUUGGCUCAUACCUUUUUUCAGUGGCUGGGUGCAAGUUGAUCAGAAGGAUCAGACUGAUGACUUUCGAAAAGGUGGUCAAUAUGGAGAUCGAAUGGUUUGAUUACCCAGAGAACUCAAGUGGAGCAAUUGGGGCAAGGCUAUCGGUUGAUGCUGCAAAAGUUCGGGGGCUUGUGGGUGAUGCGCUUCAGCUGGCAGUGCAGAAUUCAGCAACUUUAGUUGCUGGUUUGGUAAUUGCUUUCAUAUCGAACUGGGAGCUAUCACUUAUCAUAUUGGCCUUGAUACCGCUAAUUGGCCUCAAUGGAUGGAUCCAGAUGAAGUUUAUUCAGGGAUUCAGUGCAGAUGCAAAGUUGAUGUACGAGGAGGCAAGCCAAGUAGCAAAUGAUGCAGUGAGCAGCAUAAGGACAGUGGCGUCAUUUUCAGCUGAAGAAAAGGUGAUGGAUUUGUACAAGAAAAAAAGCGAAGGACCCUUAAGAGCAGGGAUCAGGACAGGAAUAAUAAAUGGUAUUGGCUUUGGGGUUUCCAUAUUCUUGCUGUUUGGAGUCUAUGCAGCCAGCUUCUAUGCUGGUGCGCGGCUUGUUGAGGACGGAAAAACAACUUUUCCCAAAGUUUUCAUGGUAUUUCUUGCUCUCAGUAUGGCAGCAAUCGGGGUGUCACACACGAGCACCCUCACAUCAGAUUCUUCCAAAGCAAAAUCAGCCAUAUCUUCUAUAUUUGCCAUCAUAGACCGAAAAUCGAGGAUUGAUCCAAGUGAUGACACUGGGGUAACCCUAGAGCCACUAAGUGGUGACAUCGAAUUUCAGCAUGUGAGAUUCAGAUAUCCCACACGGCCUGAUGUUCAGAUUUUCCAAGACCUGUGCCUGACAAUUCAAUCUGGGAAGACUGUUGCGCUUGUUGGAGAGAGUGGCAGUGGCAAAUCAACUGCAAUAUCAUUGCUGCAGAGAUUCUAUGAUCCUGAUGCAGGCCACAUACUCCUAGAUGAAGUGGACAUACAGAAGUUCCAGCUGAGGUGGCUGAGGCAACAGAUGGGACUGGUGAGUCAAGAACCAUCUCUGUUCAAUGACACGAUCCGGGCAAACAUCGCCUACGGAAAGGAAGGGGAAGCGACAGAAUCGGAUGUUGUGGCUGCUGCGCGACUGGCAAACGCACACAAGUUCAUCAGUUCAUUGCAUCAGGGAUACGACACAAUGGUUGGGGAGCGUGGGGCUCAACUAUCCGGAGGGCAGAAGCAGCGCGUGGCCAUUGCUCGUGCCAUCGUGAAGGAUCCCAAGAUCCUCCUCCUCGAUGAGGCGACGAGUGCGCUCGACGCCGAAUCCGAACGGGUAGUGCAGGACGCUCUGGACAAGGUGAUGGUGAGCAGAACAACAGUCAUCGUGGCACACCGCCUGUCCACGAUACAGGGCGCCGACGUGAUCGCGGUGGUGAGGAAUGGUGUGAUCAUCGAGAAGGGGAGGCACGAUACCUUGAUGAACAUCGAGGGCGGGGCGUACGCGUCCCUGGUCGCGUUGCAUUCAGCAGCACCGUCGUAGCACAUGGCAACGAGAUCAGGCAGAAGUCGUAUUGAAUCUGUGUGGUUGCUGAGCAAGCCUGGCAGCCUAACAAAGUUCAGGCGCCGGUUCUUUGUUGUCCAGGUCCUGAUGAAGUAGACGCAAGGCAAAGAUUUAUAGAUAUAAUUAACUCCCGCGCAGCUAAAGCAGGAAAGAAGAUUACAGAAAUAACAGUGUGAAAAAUGUAAAUUCAGCAAUCAUGCCCCCCAAGUUACUGUAUGGAUACAGGCGUUCAGUGUAACAUAACUGAAUGUAGAAUUACACUCCUAGUAGCAUAAUAAUAAUAACAACGAAAGCGGAUGAUGAUUCUGAUA